GCUUUCAAUUCCACUGCUCUUCGACCAAAAAAAAAAAAAACAAAAAAUUUCCGCUGCAACUGUUCGUUCUGCUUUUCGGGUAUCGUCUUCUUUCUUCUUUUCUUGUACUUGCAAGUGUCGUCAAUCUCUUACCAUAUUAAGCUUAAAUUCUGACGAUAGGUAACAAUUAUGCUGGUGCCAGUUGGGUAUGCCAUAGAUUGGUAGGUUUUGAUAGAAAUUGAUGGAAAGAUGGGUUUUUUGGAUUGCAUAUCUUGAACAAAAGCAAUUGCUUUCUUGUGCAGUCAAGUAGUAGGAAAAUGGCUAGACAAGCUAAUAAUACCCUUUUCCUUGAAGAAUGGUUGAGGAGCAACAGUGGAAGUAAUUCUCCCAGUAUCAGCAUCACCACAAGUCACUCCUCUUCCUCUUCUGCUAGGGCCAUCAUUCAAGCAUGGUCUGAGCUCAGAGACUCUCUUCAACAUCAAUCAUUCUUACCUAAUCAUCUUCAAGCUCUCAAAAUUCUUCUUCAAUCUCAAACUUCCCUUCAUGUUGCUGACCCCCAAGCCAAGCUUCUCCUUUCCAUUUUAUCGUCUAAGAAUCUCUUCCUUCCUGUCGAAGCAUAUCCUUUGUUGCUGAGGCUUCUCUAUAUCUGGGUCAGGAAAUCCUUCAGACCCGCUUCAGUACUUGUUAAUUUAGCGGUAGAGGUAUUAACUAAGGUUUUAGAUAGCAACUUUGAUGCUACAAAAAGCCCUGAGUUGUUUGCUGAAGGCGUUCUCCUUCUGGGUGCUUUUGCUUUCGUACCUUCUGCACCAGAAUCUUCUAAGACAGUUUGCUUGGAGUUGCUCUGCAGGCUGUUGGACAAAGAAUACAUGCUUAUUAGCUCAGUACAUGAACUUAUUCCGGAUGUUCUUGCAGGGAUUGGAUAUGCUUUAUGUUCUUCCAUAAAUGCUUAUUACAUCAGAAUUUUUGAUGCAUUGUUGGGAAUUUGGGGGAAGGAGGAUGGGCCACAAGGUAAUGUUUCUCAUGGGCUCAUGAUUUUGCAUUUGGUUGAUUGGGUUAUGUUUGGGUUCAUCAAAUCCCAUUCUACUGAGAAACUGCAAAAGUUCUGUGAAGAGAAUUUGGAGACUCCAAAUCUGAAACAUGUUCCUUUUGCUCUCGUUAUGGCUGCAGCUGGUGCUCUCAGAGCUUUGAAUAGAUCCAUAUCAGGUGGCCGUGACCUGCAGAUUCUUUCGCGAUUAAGGAGUUCUGCAGAAAGUAGAAUAGAAUCUGUGGCGCAGGAUUUAAUUACUAGAACAGGAAGCUUCUCUAAUAUAGGAAAUGAUUGCAAAACUAGUCUUCUGCUACAAUGCAUUUCAUUAGCUUUGGCUCGAUGUGGGGCAGUGUCUUCGCGUGCCCCACUGCUUAUAUCCCUUGCUUCAGCACUGCUAAUGGAAAUAUUUCCCUUGCAGCAUUUAUAUACUAGAAUUCUUGAGUUAAGACAAGGCAGUUCUUCCAAAAUGAAUCUUGGUGAGGUUAAAGAGCAUCUGAAUAGUGUUCCUUUUAAGGAAGCAGGAGCCAUAAGUGGUGUUUUCUGCAACCAAUAUGUCUCUAUAGAUGAAGAGAACAGGGCGAUAGUGGAAAAUAUGAUAUGGCGUUUCUGCCAAGAUCUCUACUUGGGGCAUCGACGGGUGGCCUUGCUUAUUGGCGGCAAAGAGGAUGAGUUACUUAGGGAUAUUGAGAAAAUUGCUGAGUCUGCCUUCCUUAUGGUGGUUGUUUUUGCAUUGACUGUUACUAAGCAAAAGAUAAAUCCAAACUUCUCUAUUGAAGCUCAGAUAGAGACAUCUGUUUCAAUAUUAGUUUCAUUCUCAUGUGUAGAGUAUUUUCGCCGAAUGCGUUUGCCGGAGUACAUAGAGACAAUACGAUGUGUGGUUGUGAGUGUACAGGAGAAUGAGACUGCAUGUAAGUCUUUCGUAGAAUCUAUGCCCUCUUAUGCUGAUUUGACAAAUUUUCAAGAAUUCCUGAAGAAAGUGGAAUAUAAAUGGUUUGACGAUGAAGUGCAAACUGCCCGUAUUUUGUUUUACCUGCGGGUUAUUCCAACAUGUAUUGAACGCUUGCCUGGUCCAGUAUUUAGCAGGGUUGUAGCUCCGACUAUGUUCCUAUAUAUGGGACAUCCAAUCGGAAAAGUUGCUCGAGCCUCCCAUUCUAUAUUUGUGGCAUUUGUAUCUUCUGGGAAGGAUUCUAAUGGGAAUGAAAGAGCAUUAUUGAAGGAGCAACUAUCUUUCUACUACAUGCAGAGGUCUUUAGAGGGAUAUCCUGGUAUUACUGCUUUUGAUGGUAUGGCUUCAGGAGUUGCAGCCUUGGUUCGAAAUCUUCCAGCUGGAAGUCCAGCCACAUUUUAUUGUAUCCACAAUCUUGUUGAAAAGGUGAACAUUCUCUGCAGUGAUGUUUCCACUCAGGAUGCUGAUACAUGGAAAGACCCGCUGGGAGACUCAGAACCUUGUAAGAAAAUCAUGGAGUUGUUGUUACGGCUUAUUUUUCUAGUUGAUAUACAAGUACUACCAAACUUAAUGAAGUUGUCAGCACAGCUGAUUAUCCAGUUACCUAAGGAUGGUCAGAAUGUUGUUCUCAAUGAUUUAUAUAAUCAGGUUGCUGAGUCUGAUGAUGUUACGCGAAAGCCAACAUUGGUUUCAUGGUUGCAGUCGUUAUCUUACCUUUGUUCUCAGGCAACAAGUAGAAGUACAUCUUUUGAAGGCAAUAAAAGUGAAGAAAUUUCUGCUUUGCCUCUUCCAAAUCCAUCAAAGUGGGACAGGAUAAAAGCAUGUCUCUAGAUUGUUGAGCUAUGUACAGUCUAAAAGUAAAGGGUCCAGAAGUAGCACGGCACAACCACACUGGUCGCUUAAUACAUGGAAAACGUACACGCACAAACUCACUCUUUUAAAAUUUUCCUUUUUAAAAGGAUCUGGAAUUGGUUUAGCUUCGUGAUCUUUGAUUUUCGUUUAAGCUCGGGCAAUGUUUAAGGACCCCAUAAAGGGAAUGACUCAAAUGAUCUCAAAAACUUGAACAGCUGCUGCCAUCCCACACCUUGAGGACGCAGAAGUUGUGACGAAAGGCAUGACCAUGUGUGAUGAUACAUUUGCUUUGAUGAACCCCAUGUAUUUAUUGUGUUUAUUCUUAGUCUUCAAGAAUAAUAUUUCUGAGAUUUUUGUGUAAAUAAAAUAUAUAAAAAAUAAUUAUCAGAAAAAUUAAUUAGUAAA